CUUGUAAGAUUUCAGCUUAGGAUCUUUUUAGAACGUGAACGCUACGAUAUCGAUCCUUGCGCUAAAUAUUCAAAUAUUUAUUUAUAUAGAAUAAAAAUUUAAAGCUUAACUUAAUCGCCCUAGAGAAUUACCCAUGGCUCAAACAUUGGCCGUUCUUGAAGCAUCCAAUUUCUGAUUUACUUUUAUAUCAUCAAUAUGUGUAUGUGAUUGAAAUGCAGGAAGAAAGGGGAAUCAAACUAAUUAGAAUGCCAACUUUUUUUACUAAUUUAAGUCAAAUAAUAUUAUCGGUUAAGUAUUCCAGUUUGGAGGGCAAGGUCGUCGUUAUGAGUGACUCGGGUUUUAUGGGGGUUGGAAGAUGGAAUUCACGUUAUGGUGGUCCAUGGCAAUUACAGCAUAAUUUUCACUCUUGCCCCCGCUCCCGCUGAUACUACCGCUUCAGCGUCCACGCGAAAGUGAAAAUUGCAAGGCACUUUCUCCCCACUAGACCCCCCCUCAACUACGCCGUGGCGCAUCGGUCCGCCCCUCGCUGCACCCCCGCGCGCCUCUGCCCCUCGCCGCGCGGCGCAAGGUCAGCCCCGCGUGCAGGCGGGCGGCGCGCGGCAUAGCGGCGACGCGCUGCGCUCUUGAAAUUUCGCUUUCGUUCACUCGUGGUUAUUAGUCGGCCGCGCGCGCUCCGGCAAGCAUGUGUUUUGUGUGACGUGCUCUAACUCUUUCCGCGCGGCACAUUCGAUUUCGUUGACGAUCGCGGCAUGGCCCCUCGUCGGCAGGGCGCAACCGGCGAGCGCGAGGCGGAGGAAGUCCUCGGGUGCUGUGUGCCCGGUGAAUGCCUCCGGCCUCGGGAAGCGGUACGCAUUGAAGACGCUGUCCGCGUGAUAUGCAACAACGACACGUGCACCGCCGGCCGGUAUAUGCACAGAGAAUGCUUCGAGCAAUGGGAAACUGGGGUUCUCGCUUAUCUAAAGUCAUGCGGCCGAGCUCGUUCCUGGUCAGAACGACAACGGCAUCAGAAUUUGUGGACAAAAAAAGGUUACGACUUGGCAUUCAAGGCAUGCGGCUGCCGAUGUGGCCGAGGGCACUUGAAAAAAGAUCUUGAUUGGUUACCGCCUGGAGCAGCAAUCCGAGCAGAGGAGGAAAAGAAGCGUCGUCGACGCACAAGAUCGGGUCGUACACUACCAGCUGCUACAGAUGGCCGAUCCAGAGCAUUCAGUCUUUCGAGUUCCGGUUCCUGUUCGCCACCGUCUGCUCCAUCUGAGCCUUCCACCAGUCCAACACAUGCUCCAACACACAACAUGACUCCGGCCAAAAGAAGCUCCAAGCCAGAAGUCAUUUCUGAUCGUGUUAGAGCUGGGGCUGGCGCCAAUGGCAUCUUCUCACGAAGACUCGAUUUCUCCACCUUCAACCUACUACCGAAACACAAAGUCAACUCUUACCAGAUCAAGAUUGAAGAUGAAGGAAACCACGGCAACGACGAUACACGUCUUUUCAUCCUUUCCACACUGGCUGGGCAACAUAAGCCCAGGGUCUCAUGCGCACUCUGCAAGGACACCCUUGACGUUUUCGAUCGUUACCCAUUAGUGGAUGGCACCUUCUUCCUCAGUCCACGUCAGCAUACCAGCAGCGCUGUUGAGGUGAAAGUGGAGGGUCGUACGCAAUACUUGACUUGCGUAUGUAUGGGAUGCCUGGAGCGCUGUGACCCAGACCGCACCAUUCGCUGCCGAUUCUGCGGCCAAAAAUGGGACGGGUCCUCGCUUGUCCUCGGUACAAUGUAUUCAUACGACAUCUUCAUGGCAACUCCAUGCUGUGCCGAGAGAUUAAAGUGCAACAGUUGCUACAAGCCGCUUCUGCAUCCUCAGCAACGGCUGAACUACUCUGACUACUCGCACCCAGUGACGUGCCCGCAAUGCCGAGUUACUGACACGCACUUCGUGAAGCCACUCACUUACUGCUUCACCAAACGGGUUUACCCACUAUUCCAGCAGUGGCCAUAACAGUCGGCGGUGCCGGGAACCUCUCCCGGCACCUCCCCUGCUUCGGCUGACGUGUGGAACAUUGCCCCGUCGCCCCCUCGCCGCGCAUCUCCCCCCGCGUUACGUCCAGUCGUCAACACGAGUAUGGCUUCUCGUGCCCCGGAACCUGCUGAAGAUCACACCAACAAAUACCUCAACCCGACUCUGGCUAGCAUAACCGAGUCUCUUUCGUUGCUUGGUUUAACUCCGGAAACGCUGGCCAUGAGCUUGGGCGAGUCACUUGCUGAUCGUUACUUGGCGUCGCUCAGACCGAAACCAGUCGAGCUGCCAACGAUGCAGUUGGGUGGUUGUGGAAUACCCCGUCGUACUCCUUUCACGACGGAGCCCAGUCUUCAGCUGUUCUCGAAUGAUUUUAUUGACUAUCUGAAUCAAAUCGCGUAAUUCGUACGUGAUCAGUGCGGGUGUAAAAGAAACGACGCGGCGAAUAUUGGACUUUUGUGUUGCUAUGUUUAUUAUUACUCUUGAACUUUUAUUACGUCAUAUGACGGUAGGAAUAUUUUUUGUUAAAUUAAGUUGGUAGUAUUGAAAAUAAUUUUAUGUGACGGUUUAGAUCGUACUAUUGAUUUUAUUUUAAUUUUAUUCUGCUCUUUGUUGAUUAGAAGUUGUUUUUAUGGAAAAUUGUAACUAGAUCUAUAGCGAUGCCAGAAAUUGCAUUUUUUUUUUGUUUUCUUUCAAUUGGAACUUUUUCGGGAAUGUUUUUCCUUCAGAAGGAUUCGAGAUGAGUUUUUUUGAUUAUUGAUUACCUUCGAUUUCAGUGAUACUGGCCCUAUCUGAUAGGAAGUUCGAGUGGACUGUUAUUUAGUUCAAUUUAGUUUAUUAAUUAUGUUUUAUUUUAGCAAAAUUUUUAACCUAACUUAAGUGUUAAAUCAUAUUUUCGUAGAUUGAUUGCGAUUUCUUUUUGUUUUCUCCCACCAAAACGGCACUUUUUGUGUAAAAAGGGAUUUUAAACGGAGAGGUCUUUUUUUUUUUAAGUGGUUUUCAUAAUUUUUAUUACUUACCGUCAUUUUUCAUACCUUAAUUUUUAAUAUUAAUCGUAGUGGAUUUUUAAUUAUAAGUCAUUGCUGUGUCACCAAUAAUUGAUUAGCAAGUCUUAAUAUCUAUCACUAUAAGGUUUCUUAUUAUAUUGUUAUUAAUCUUAUGUUUUUAUUUUGUAAACUUAAAAGUUGAUGGGGAGUGGUAUAGUAAAUUGGUAAAAGAAGAAAAUCUAUGAAGCUCAUUGAAUUUUUGGUUAAUAGUGCCAUAUAUAAAAAAAAAAAAACUGAUGUCUGGUAUUGAAAUCUUUGUUUGGACAAUUCGCUUCUUCAAUGAGAAAAAUAUAUACCAUUAAUCAUUGACAUUAUGAUUUGGUAGAUUUUUUAAGUUUUUCUUUUUCAUACAUUCUUAUCGCUUAAUAUAAUUUAGUGUUAAGAGUUUUCUUAUCUUGAAUGUCUAUUUACCUUUAAGUGGAAUAUCGCUUUUAAAGUUUACUUAAACGUAAGUGAUUUUUCAAAUUUACUCAGUAAUUAUAUUGUUUAAUGUGAAUGUUUUAGGUAAGGUUUUAUACAUUUGAUACUACUCGCAAAGUGAUUAAAAGUGAUAAUUCUUAGUGUUAGAUGUGUUAGUUAUUUAAAAAAAAAAAAAAAAAGUGGUGCGGAUAUAAUGGCGGGAUUAGCGUUUUUAUGUACCGAGCGGAUCGGAAACAACUAUAGGGCACUGUACAUUCACUCUUCCGCUGCUAGUUACGUUGCUUAAUUCGAUAGCAAACGUUGUUCUAGUUAAAUUAUUCUAUAUACGAAAUUUCGAAAAAAGAAUAGUUCGAAAAUUUGAAAUUUUCACACUUCAAUGCAUUGUCUAUGAAACAUCAGAGUCCUGUAUGGUUAUCGAGAUAUUAUUAUUAUUUUAAAUUGAUAAGUCACAAACAGGCAUUCACUUUUAUAUUAUAUGACAAGUAAAUGAUUAGCAUCAAUGAAUCUUGUUCUAAUAGGGUUUCGGGUGCUCAUACAUUAAUCAUAAUCGAUAGUGUACCGGUCCGCUGAGGCGCAUAACAUUAGGCGAGAAAACGCGGGAAAAAUCGUACAGAACCUUAGGCAAUAAAUUUUUAAUGAAGACUUGACACUUUUAUAGGUAAAAAUUUUUGCAUUAUCUAUCCUCCUUCGUAACGAAAUUAACUGCCAUUUACCUUUUUUACUAAUAAUAUAAUCAACGAGGAUUCUCCUUUGGAAUUUUACUAAUGAUCAGUAGACUUAAAAAAAAGAAGUUUGAAUGGCCAAAUCACAUAACCACAAUUUAAACAAAAUUCCAAAUUUGAAUCCUUCAUUUAGUUUUUGACUGAAUAUGAAUAACCUAUUAUUCUACGUAGUUGUUAGCUCAUCAUCACCAGUCGUCACUAACGUCACGUCGUCACGCCAUCCGCAUCACUGCACAACAUACUAUUUUAUCAUCGUCGUCAUUCGGCACGGUUUGAGUGGUGGGCAACUGGUAUUACUAUAGUAUAAUGGACUGAAAUGUAAAUCUAAAAAUUCUCCAGGAAUUUAUACUCUAGGUAACACACAAAACAUGAGAUUGUGAAAUAUUAAAAAUAUCAAAAUACUUAUUAACUUGUACGUACCAAAGAAAAUUACCUUUCAAGUACAGCAAGCAUUGUUAAGAUAUUUACUGAAGACAAUUUCUAUGUAUCCUGUUCAUAUAGACUUAUACUAUAGUGACCAGUUACCCUGUGUGGUUGUAAUACCUCAUAAAUAUUUUAAUACAUUUAUUCUUCGCUUCAAACUUAUCUUAUAAGUAUUAAAAAAAAUCGAAUAAAGUGACGUAGAACUGUGUAAUGUUUAAAUAAAUAGUUUACACUCAUACGCUUCACGAUAAAAAAGUAUUUAUUGAGAUGUAUAAUUGCAUAUUCUAGUUGUAAACGAUAGUACAUAAUUACAACAGUAUCAAAGAAGCCCUAAUUAUUUUACAUUGAUACCGGAUAGCGAUGGCGUUUUAUAUGUUAAACAAUUUUUAAUUUUAUUAAAGUUCGCUCGUUCUAUUAUAGAUUAUAAUAUAUUUAAAAAUGUACAUUUUAAUGUGCGGUAUAUCCAAGAAAAUAUUUGAAAAAAAAUAUAUGAAAAAAAAAAAACGAGCUGUUGUUGGUAUAUUUAGAAAAAUAUUAAAAAAAUAAUCAAAUACAGAUCAUCUGAUGGUGUCCAUGUACAAAUAUAAAGUGAAACGUCAUCGCUACUCCGGCAAAGGAAGCGACACAAAAUAUAAGAGUCAUAUUGUUUAAUAGUCUAAUACAGAGCCUAAGGAUUAUAAUAUUAUCAGAGCAACCCUUUAUAGAUAGAUAAGUUUGUUUAUACACCGGUACAAAAUUAUAAUAAAUACGUACUAUUUUGAAAACAAAACAAAAAUUAUAUAGAAGUCCUCCUAAGCGUCAGAAGGCUAUUUAUUCUACACAUAGAUGAUUCCUUAUUGAAAAAAAAAAAAAAAACUUUUAUGAACAAUACGUAUUUAGAUAAAAUAGUAAAUUAUAGUAAAAAGUUCGUAUGGCUCCUAAAUUUGGAAUCGUUUUAGAGGAUAUUUACUAAACUACAAUUUUUAUAUCCAUAUUCCAGUUACAGUGAAUAAC